CGACCUUCCUCUGCUGUCAGUGGAUCAUUUUUAAAGAUCUCUGUCAAUGGAUACGACGGAAGCAACACGCACCUGUGGCCAGUGCCACAAGGAAGUAGCAGAGGCCAACUUCGCUUUGCAUGAAACACACUGCAGCCGCUUCUUAUGCAUCUGUCCUGACUGCAAAGAAUCAGUUCCCAGAGAUCAACUGGACCAACACAAAGAGGAGCAGCACACCAUGGUAAGAUGCUCCAAGUGCAACACGAAGAUGGAACGCUGUCAACUAAUGGAUCAUGAGUCUGAUGAGUGUGUGGAGCGCCUGCAGUCUUGUCAGUACUGUGAGCUGGACAUGCCCUGGAAGGACCUGGAUGAACACAGCAAGGCCUGUGGGAGUCGCACUGAGCGGUGCAGUGACUGCAACCGCUAUGUGACCCUGAAGGACCAGUCCGAGCACAGAUUGACCUGCUCAGCUGCUGACAAUGGCUCAGGUCCUCCUCAAACUACGAGCAGUACCCCUAACAAGACGAAAAUAACAGUGAACUGUAGCAGAUGUAUGGCUUCAUUCCCAGCUGGAGACAUAGAGGAACAUGAGCUGGAGUGCUUCCCAGUAUCCACGUGGUAUCAUGGAGAUGCUGAUCCAAAGGAGGAAGAGCAUGAUGAGGAUGAGGAUGAGGAUGAUUUCUCCAGGCAAGGGGCCACUUCUCAGCUAAGCGGCACCUAUAAGGCCACCUCUCUGUCAUUCAGACCCAACAAUGGGCCUCAGGUUAAUGGACUUGACCCAGACUUGAUCGCCACUUGUCCCCACUGUCAUCUGGCCCUGCCACUCAUUACACUACGCUGGCAUGAGGCGAAGUGCAAAGUUCACCUUUUCCUGAAAUGACGAAGCACUCCUCAGGAUGGAUAUACUGCAUCAAAGACCUUUGAUUAAUGUGUCAUAAGCAUGGGAUGGAAGACAAGUAUUUGGGCUGUCCAUAUGUAGCUUUAUUAGCCAACAUGAGACAUUUGAUUAGAUGUUUCAGUGAAGGUUGUUAGUAUAAGUUAGGAUUUUAAGACUGUGUUUACAUUAAGAGAAGGUAGUUCCAAAUAUAAUACUCAUUAUUUUAAUACCCUUGACACUCUUAAUAACCUUUUAAGAUAGCAUGUGUCACUCCUAUCACAACACUUUCAUUCUUCCUGCUAUAAGACAUUAGAACAUCACCAGUUGUAACACAACUUCCAAAAAUAUGGCUUUGUUUAGCUGAUAUUUGCAUACAUUCAUAAUGUUUCAUAAUUUGAGGUAUAUUUUGUUGUUUUUGUGAAAUGUAAUUUGACAAAAGUUUUCACCAUUUGAUCAACUGUCAGGUCAGACAUGCCAACCAUAUUACAUAUUACUUCCUGGCUUUGCUCAUUAAUCUAAACAGUUUAGUUAGGGAUUAGCAAAGUAGUGUUAGUUUUGUCUGUUGGCUCAGUUCCACUUGGCAGAUAUUGAGAGUAAAUGUGUAGUAAAAGCUAUUCUCUACAGUAUGUAAGGACUAGUCUGUGUGGUGCGACCGUCUCUCAUUCAGUGAUAAAAAUCUCCACUUCACUCCACUCCAGUUAGCAUUAAGCUAUAACCACGUUGAGUUUGCCCUUACAAACAGCUGUGGGCAUGUCUUGGUCUCUAUUUUUACUGUUUCAAUAAGUGACAUGUAAAGAUAUUUGAUCAAUUUUAUUCAUUCAUGAAUUUGAAAAAAAC